UUGCCUUAUUGUGGGCAGUAUUCUUCCAGGACUUGUUAAAUAUUCUAAAAUAGCUGCAAAAUCCCUUUUACUCAAAAAGCGUCUUGGUACAUCAUUUAGAUCAAGAUUUACCCAUCAGUCCAUCAUGAAGAUUUUGAUUUUUCCCUGAAGUGAACUGUAGUUAUUUGGUCGGAACUCCUGAGUACUAGAGGCUCAUAUCUCAACUUAUUUUAUCCUUUUACCCCCUCUUUAUAAUUUUUGCAUUAAGUUCGAUACUAUCUUCAGGCUCUCUUUAAUUUAGUCAGCAUUACUUUUGGUACGAAUCCACAAGGUUAAGUACAUCUGUCGAAGGACUCAGUUAUUCCAGACAUGUACCAACAAGAUCCACCCGUUGUUAGUGAAGCCUAGUCAUGAUUACGAUAACACCGCAGCAGUUUUCGCAGCCACCACCGUUCGUUCCUAAUGUAAGCGUUCCGCCUCCAAACUUCCAUGCCAACCAGCCACCACCACAGCGGUUUCAUUCAGGACAUGCAGGUCAGAUCCGGCACAACAAUUACUUCCCACAGUUCCGUCCUCAGUUCCGGCCAAACAAUGCCCUGUUCGAUCCUGACUUUGAUGGCAAGCGUCUCCGAAAGUCGACCAUGCGAAAAACAGUCGAUUACAAUGCGGCCAUAAUAAAAAUGCUUGAGGGACGAAUAUGGCAACGUGAUUAUCGGGAUAGAACAUUCCUCCAACCGGAUGCAAUCUAUAAUCCUGAGCUUUUACCCCCACCAAGUUACCCUGAUAACGCUGUGAAUGCAGUAACAACCCGGUUUGUUAAAACAGCCACCAACAAAAUGCGCUGUCCAGUGUUCUGUAUGGCAUGGACCCCAGAGGGUCGGAGAUUGGUGACUGGAACUUCCAGUGGUGAAUUUACCCUUUGGAAUGGCUUAACGUUUAAUUUUGAAACUAUAUUGCAGGCACAUGAUAGUCCAGUUCGAACAAUGGUUUGGUCAAAUAAUGACUCUUGGAUGGUCACUGCCGAUCAUGCUGGAUAUAUCAAAUAUUGGCAGUCAAAUAUGAAUAACAUCAAAAUGUUUCCUGCACACAAAGAGGCCAUUCGUGGUAUCAGUUUUAGUCCAACGGAUGACAAAUUUGCAUCUUGUUCUGAUGAUGGUACAAUACGAAUAUGGGAUUUCUAUCAGUGUCAUGAGGAAAGAAUACUCAGAGGUCAUGGUGCAGAUGUGAAAUGUAUAGAUUGGCAUCCUCAAAAAGGUUUAAUCAUCUCAGGUAGUAAAGAUAAUCAACAGCCAAUCAAACUGUGGGACCCCAAAACUGGGCAAGCAUUAGCGACUUUACAUGCACAUAAAAAUACUGUCAUGGACAUCAAAUGGAAUAAAAAUGGCAAUUGGCUAAUCACUGCCUCUCGCGAUCAUCUGCUGAAACUAUUUGAUCUCAGAAACCUAUCUACGGAGGUACAAACAUUCCGUGGUCACAAGAAGGAAUCUAGCUGCGUUUCAUGGCAUCCCUACCAUGAAGGGUUAUUUUGUAGUGGUGGUUCUGAUGGGGCCAUUUUAUUUUGGCAUGUUGGAGCUGACAAAGAAGUAGGUGCUAUAGAACAAGCACAUGACAGUAUAGUUUGGACCUUAGCCUGGCAUCCUCUAGGUCACAUUCUCUGCUCCGGUUCCAACGAUCACACAAGUAAAUUUUGGACAAGGAAUCGACCAGGGGACCAAAUGAAGGAUAAAUAUAACCUCAACACUCUACCUCAAGCUCUAGCUGGAUUAGAAGAUAAUGAAAUAGAUGAUGUGUCAGCUAUUCCGGGUAUGGGACCUGAAGAUAAAGUGGCUGCAUCUCCACCGCCAGCUCCGCUUAACCCUGAUACAAUUCCUGGAUUGGAUGUGGAUCCAGCAGAGGAAUUGAAGCUCAAGGCUCCAAUUAAAAAAGUUCCUUAUUCUAAGCCAAUUCCAAAACAAUUCCAAGCACAGUGGAACGUUGUGCGCGGUAUUGAAGAUAAUGCAGAGGAAGGGCAAGAUGAAAAUGCUGAAAUUAACCCGGAGGAAACACCUGGAUGUCUACCCAUUUCUGAAAUCAAGCCAGAUGCUAUUGUGAUUUAUGGAAGACUGCUCCCUGUUAAACCUGGAUCGGCGUUACAACAAGCCAUUCGAGAAGGAAAGGAUGCAAUUAUGCAACUUGCUCAUUCUGGUGCUAUCCCUCAAUUAAUAGAUGUUCUCCCAAUAGAUGAGGAAACAAACUUUGAUCUUUUUGCUGUUGAUGAUGAAGAUGAGGAUUAUUAUGAUGACAAUGAAGACUGGAGGAAUUGGAAGGAUGAUUGGAAUGAAGAAGAACCAAUGGAUGAAGACUAUAGAAUGCACAAUGAAGAUUACCCAGAUGAAGAAAUGCAUAUGCAAGGUCCUUAUCCUCCCAUGCAAGGCCCUCCAAUGCAAGGACCUUUCCCUCCAAGACCUCCUAUGUUUGAUGGAAAUGGGCCUGGCCCUCACGGCCCAGGUGGUCCUGGUCCCCAUGGUCCAGGUGGUCCCGGCCAUCACGGUCCUGGUGGUCCUGGUCCUCACGGUCCAGGUGGUCCCGGUCCCCACGGUCAAGGUGGUCCUGGUCCCCACGGUCAAGGUGGUCCCGGUCCCCACGGCCCAGGUGGUCCUGGUCCCCACGGCCCAGGUGGUCCCGGUCCCCACGGUCAAGGUGGUCCCGGUCCUCAUGGUCCAGGAGGUCCCGGUCCUCAUGGUCCAGGAGGGCCUGGACCUCAUGGUCCAGGUGGUCCUGGCCCUCAUGGUCCUGGUGGUCCCGGUCUACAUGGUCCAGGUGGUCCUGGCCCCCGUCCUGGUUUUGGGCCGCCUCGAAUGAUGGGCCCACGGCCAAUGGGGCCUCCUGGCCAGCAGUUCCAGGAUAUGUCACAUGGUCAACCAAGAUUCCCCCCUCCUCACUUCAAUCAAGGAGAUGGGGAAGGAGAAUAUAUGGAUGGCCAUGGGCCAGGUGGGCCUGGUCCUCAUGGUCCAGGUGGUCCAGGGCCUCGUGGUCCAGGUGGUCCCGGUCCUCAAGGUCAAGGUGGUCCAGGUGGUCCAGGGCCUCGUGGUCCAGGUGGUCCUGGUCCUCAUGGUCAAGGUGGCCCUGGUCCUCAUGGUCCAGGUGGUCCUGGUCCUCGUGGUCAAGGUGGUCCUGGUCCUCGUGGUCCAGGUUUUGGGCCGCCUCGGAUGAUGGGCUCACGACCAAUGGGACCCUCUGGUCCUCCGUUCCAGGAUAGAUCACAUGGUCAGCCAAGAUUUCCUCCACCUCACUUUAAUCAAGGAGAUGGGGAAGAAGAAUACACGGAAAACAAUGAAGAGGAAUACGAUGAAAAUUACGACAAUAAUUAUGAUCCAAACCAAUUUAAUGAUGGUUACCAUGGCAAUGAUGACCGGUCCAACUUUAGACCCAAUGGUGAAGGUUGGGAUGAAAACUAUUGGGAUGAAAACCAAGAAGAAAUGGAAGACGACAGCUAUAACAACUAUGAUGAAGGCAUGAAUCGAGGGAUGCCUCGAGGCCGAAGCAGAGGGCGGCCUCCGUUCAGGGGUCGUGGGCGUGGUCGGGGUCGAGGCAGGGGUAGAGGUAGGGGUGGCAAGCCUGAUUGGUUUGAUGACAGUAAUAGCAAUUACGAUAAUAAUGUAAAUAACAGUAGUAACUUUAGUAGGGGUGGUGGUCAUUCACGAGAUGAUGAUGAAUCAAGAUUCAAAGGCCACAAGAGGUUUGAAGAGUCCGAAGAGAGGCCCCGAGGUCGCGGGCGAGGUAGGGGUGGACCCAAAAGAGCCAGGACUCGAGGUAGGGGUUGGUGAACAUGGAUGUCAGAAAUUUUAAUGGUCACCUCAAUAACUCCAUCAUUCAUUGAUGAUUGUAUUACAAUAGUAUUUCUCCACUUUUUGUGCCUCUGAACAAUUUGUUUUAUGGCUGUUAGCUGUGCCAUUUGUUUGGGUUCAUUGCUGCUUUACACAUUCAACAAUUUUGAGGUUUCUUAAAACUGGAUGUUACUGAGCUUGACCUUCAAGAGCAGCAUCAAGGCUACACUUCCCUUAUGCAACUUUUUUCGAUCCAGUAGAGCAAAACUUCGCUGCCACCAUAAAAAUGUAUUAAUUUUUAUAAUGAAGUAGAUUUUUCUAAGCUCUACUCCCCUUUUUUACUCUUUUCGUGGAUUCUUGUGUGCAAAGGAUAAUUUCCUAGUCCACCACCCCACAUUUGUGACCACCUAAUUUCUAUAUGCUCAAGCUUCAUGAAAGCCAAAUGUUUUUUACCUUUACAUACAUUUAGCCGUGUAGUGCUCUCAGCAUUUCUUUUAUUGUAUCUUUUCUGUAAAUUUUGCUCGAAAGUCUUUGGUUAUUUAUAUUAGUCUCUCAUCAUAAGAUGGAGUUGAAGAAAAUAAUGAUGACAUUGAGUAAUGUAUCUCCUUCCGAAUAAUUUCCCAAUAUUCAAAAUUUUCUGUCAAGGCUCAGUAAAUUGAGCCAAAAUAAAAGCUCAGAGGAAUUUUUAAAAUAAAAAUACCUCUGUCGUUAUAUAUUUCUAAUUUUAUUUUUGUAUUAUCCAAAGUAUUUAUCUGAGUAAAAAAAAGAGGUGGCUGUGAAGGUUGAAAUUGGUUCAUACUGGUCUUAUCCCGCCGGUCAUCGACCCUGCAUUAUGGAACAACUUUAUGACUGUGAUGUCAGGUUAAAUCAGUUAAUCAGCUAACUAAACCGGUCAUCAUGCCUUAUACAGUCAACAAAGACGCUGUGGUGUCCAUAAUAAUCGGUGUUUUUGUCAACCUGAAAAAAUUCAAAUGUUUUUCAAGGAUCCCUGUUUUUUUGCCUCUUAGUAACUGUUCCUAAUUCAAGUUUGGAGUUAGAAGUAAAUCUGGAACAUCUCAAACUUUUAAUCAAAGAAUAAUGAUAUGUUCCACCUCAUCUGUAAUUCCACCAUCUUUAUCUUCGAAACCUAGUUUUUUUCUGUAUUAAGUAUGCAGGUCUUUUUUCCCUCUAGUCUGCUAAUUUGUAUUGCAUGAAAGCAAGUAUGUUGUUGAGUCCAGACCAUUGAUUGCUUAUCAAAACUAUUUUUGAAAUCAUGAUUGUCUCUUGUAAUUUGCACUUCUACUUCAUAGUUCAUGAAGUAAUUUACAGCGAUUUUAGUUUUUUGAAGAAACUUCAUUUAAUUCUUUUGGCCUCCACUUACUUAAUUUUUUUCUCCAAUACCUGUCACUUUUUAAAUGAUUCAGAGACAGUUUCUAAGUUUUUUGGGCAUUCCGUUGAAUUUUGUGGUUUUUGAGCCCUUACAGCAUCUCUUUUUUCUCUGCUGAUGAUAAAAAAAAAUAGGAAGUAAUUUUAAGGAUAGGAAUCGCUGAACGUUAUUUUUUGAGUUUUCAGGUAUGGAGAUUCUACUCGAAGUAUAAACUUCUAAUUCUUCUAGGGAAGAGGGCAAAAAGGACGAAACAAAUGUUUUUCUUUGUUUGAGACUGAUUUAAGUUCUACCAUAUGAACCUAAUUUUUAACCACAAAGGUGUAACAAGCACUUUCUACCUACUUUUAAAAUGCUGCAAUUGAGGCAUACACCUAAUCGUCUCUGACGUUCAGCUCUCGAAAUGUUGCAAUGAAGGGCUUAUUGAAUUUCUUAAGAAUGAUUCUCUGAAAGGAUCUCUAAGAUGUGCAAGUGUGAGGCGACAUUAUAAUCAAAUCAUAGAGACAGGAGACAGCCCAGGGAAGACAUCAUGAGAGUAAAUUCCACACAACAUUACCUUUUGAUUUGUAACAUUGGUUGUGUCCAUUUUGGCAAAAGAGUUCUAUCCAUAGAAUAAAUCCUUUGUAAAUAGCCUCCAUUUGCAAAGAUGAACCCAACUGUCCAAUAGGUACUUAUAUUAUCCUCAAAUUGUGUGAUUGCUUAGUGAAAUCAACUCUAUGCUCUGUUUGAAUCCAAAAAAUAGCAGGCAUUUAUGAAGUGUCGGAUUUUAGAUUUCAGUCAAUAAUUUUGUGGCGGAUUGAUCAAUUUUUUUGUUUCUGUUUGUUUGUACGCAAUGAUUUGUAACUUCAAGUCACAACAUAAGAUAGUACCUAAUUAUGGCCAGAUACCUGUUUAUUCACUCAAAAUCUGUCAAUGACCAUGCUUAUAUUGCAAUUUCUCAAUUAAGAGUUCGGCACUUCAUUGAUCCAUUUGUUAGAAUCAGACCCUUUUUAUGUAAGAAUUCAAUUUGCAACAAAAACUUUUCGAAAACUGAUCUCUUUGGCGUAGGUGGUUCCAAAUGCAGCAAGUCGAUUUUAAAAUGAGGUAUUUGUGAAGAAUUGGAGGAAUUAAUUCAUUUUCAGUUUCUGUCAUAAAACCGAUUACUUUUCCCUUUUUUAUUUAUUUUUUUUUUUCAGAAUGCAUUUUAUUUUAAGAAAUUUGGUCAGAGUUGUGCAUUUUGUAGGCCAUAGCUAGCCAAGAAUAGGUUUUAGACUUACCUAAAGAAGAUCAAAAUCUUCUACAAUGGUUUCGAUCCAAACUUCUAUGAGGAUACAUAAUGAGAACUCGAAGGAAUAAACCAAAAUCCUUUCUUGUGAAUACAGAUCUCUCUAAGAAUUUUCUGAUUGUGUGAUAUAAAAUUUAAACCCUACCUCAAUGAUGAAUCGAUUUUUUUUUGGCACAGAAGUGUAUCCACUCUUUAUGACGAAAAAGAGUACCAUCAAUCUGUAUCUAUUGUGUAUGUAUGUAAAGUUCAAUCGCAAAAUUUUAUAAAAUAAAAAAAUUUUGUUUCAAUA